UGUGAGACGUGUACGCGAAAUAGUGAAAUUGUCUUCAAAGACUCGAUAGUCACGGAGUCAAUGAAAUAAAAUUAGUAAGACAGUUACGCCGCGUACUUAGUAGAGGCUGUACGUCUCGUCGCGUGUUGAAAUUAUAAAAUGUAAACAAUAACAUUGUUUAUGUAUUGAGUGAAACAAGUCGUUAUUACCGACAAAAUGAUGGAAAUAACUACAGUUAUGUUUGUGAGAGUGUCUGGUUUGUUAGUGCUUCUGUUUGUGAAUUUGGAUCAUGUUUUAUGCCACACUUUUGUAAAUGAAUUGUCUAAUAAAGCUGUGACUAAAGUUGAACACCAGCAUGUGCACUGCAACCACAAACACCCGAAAGCUGAUGAAGUAAUCAGAGGGGUGCACAUAGAGGCGGCACAUCUCGUGAAGAAACGGAGUAUAGACCAGCCGCUUAGAAUUAGCAUAUUUUAUGACCAUUCCGUCUAUAGAUUAGAACCAGAGAAAUUCGACAUGAUCAAUAACACGAUCCUUCCUAAGGCGGUGAAGUUUUGGGAGGAAGCGCUGAAGGUCCGGAAAACAGGAGGUCCUAUUAAACUAAAUAGAAAGUGUCCAACUCGGCAAGUGUUCGUGCGGGGAGGGCGCUCGCACUGCAUCGACUCCUGCAGCGCUGAGACUAUGUGUGGGGAGGUCAGGGUGCCGGAGCACCAUUUAAACCCAUGCUACGUUUGCAACAGCACGGGCCAAAACUGCCGAGCGUUACCACGACGAAGAAUUACCAUAGAGGAUGAUACCACGGAAAUCACCGGCAACGCACUCACUGACGGCGCCGAAGUCACCGACAUGCCAGAGCUAGAAGAAGAGGAGCCUAUAGGCGUGGAGAACACAGAUUUCGUGCUGUACGUGAGCGCGGUCGAAACGGAGAGGUGCCGGCGCGGCCUCACCGUGGCGUAUGCUUCGCAUUGUCAGCAGGAAAGCGCGCUAGACAGACCAGUGGCCGGCCACGCAAACUUCUGCCCCGGCGAGCUGUCCACCAAGUACCGCGACCUCCCGAGCCUGUUGUCCACCGUGCAACACGAGAUGUUACACGCGCUGGGUUUUAGCGUGUCUCUGUUUGCGUUCUACAGAGACGAUAACGGCGAGCCGCUCAUGGAGAGGCGGCCGGACACGGGAAAUCCGCCCCUCGAUGAAGAGCUGCAGAUCCACAAGUGGUCGGACCGCGUUGUCCGAAACGUCACCAGGAAGAAAUGGAUGAUUCGCGGCGGCUACAUCGAACGGACUUUUCACAUGAUUGUUACGCCGAGAGUCGUCAAAGAGGUCCGAGAGCACUUCAACUGCUCAACCCUGGAGGGGGCGGAGCUGGAGGACCAAGGGGGGGACGGCACCGCGCUCACACACUGGGAGAAACGACUCUUUGAGAACGAAGCCAUGACUGGCACCCACACGCAGAACUCUGUCUUCAGCCGCAUCACCCUCGCGCUAAUGGAGGACACGGGCUGGUACCGCGCCGACUACAGUGUGGCAGCGCCUUUAGACUGGGGCCGGGGACUCGGCUGCCAGUUCGCUACCACGUCGUGCAAGCAGUGGCUGAACACGCAAAGGUUGAGACGUAAGAAUCCGGCGCCAUUUUGUGAACGCAUCAAGGGGGACCCGCUAAGGACAGAAUGCUCGCCGCGACGCUCGGCCGUCGUGCUCUGUAACCUGGUCCGACAUGAAAAUAUCCUGCCAAGAGCUUACCAGCACUUCGACACGCUGCCAAAUGUGGCCCCAGGGGAAGAAGCGCACUACGGCGGCUCCGUCUCACUCGCGGACUACUGCCCUUAUCUGCAGGAGUUCACGUGGAGACACAAGAGCGUCCUCAUCAGAGGCAGCCGCUGUGAAUACGAAGAGAAUACACCCAAGACCGACGUGAACUUCGCGCUGGAGAACUACGGCGCCCACUCCAAGUGCUUUGACCACAGCGACCGCGUGUGGGAGCAGAAAUCUUGCCGGCAGAUACGAGAAUGGCAACACUGGGGCUCUGGAUGCUACAAAUAUAAGUGCGAAAGUGGCCGCCUGCAUAUUGUGGUGGGCAACUACUCGUACACCUGCUUCCACGCGGGGCAGGUGCUGCAGAUCCGCAUCAUCAAGAGGGGCUGGCUGCACAAGGGGGGCGUGGUGUGCCCGCCCUGCAGGGAGGUGUGCGCUGAUGAGUUCAAGAGCCGCGGGGAAUACUGCAAAGGCGGUGAAGAGGCGAUGCCGCCCAACCUAUACCCCAGUGACGUAUUACCGUGCUCGGCGCCAUCUUUGUUACCGGCCGCCAUCUUGAUUGCGGCGGCCAUCUUGUGUCGCGUCUUUUAAUUGCUAAGGAGGCAAAGAGGUGAUCCCGUUGAACCUGUAGUAACGUAUGAUCGUAUCUUUUUUACCGGCCGCCAUCUUGAUUAUGGCAGCCAUCUUGUGCCGCGUCUUUUGAUCCCUUAAAUUACCAUUUUUUGGCCAAUAGGCGUUUAUGAACUGUAGGGGGCAGUACAAGAGCAUAUGUUCAUUAGCGCCCAAUUCAAAUGUCAAGCUUGAGUUUCUAAUUUAGACCACAAGAUGGCAGAACCGGUAACGCACUAGAUAGCGUGCCAACAGGGGGCAGCACCUGCUUUAAUGUGAAGUAUCAAUGUCAAAUUUGUUUCCAACGCACAAGGUCCCUAUAAUAAGUCCUUUUCGUAUCUUCAUGUGUGUUAGAAAAAGACAGGUGCUUUGACCGCCAUAGACGGCUGUGGGCGUCAUCGAAACGUCUUGCCCUGGAAGCCAACGACAGCCACAGCCGUCAGCUUCGCCAAUGCAAUAAGGACUUACGCGGGACUCCGUAAAGUUCAAUUUCGCUUAAGUAAUUGUGAUCGCCUGGCGUCCGAGGCACGAAAUAUUCCUUCGAAGUCUGGCGUUCAAAAGGUUAAUAUGAUGAAAGCUUGGCGUUUGUCGAUAAUCAGUCGUCAUCAUGGCUACGCCACAUAAGAUGCGAGUAGUUCCUAAUCGAACAAAAUAUCCUUUUAAAACGGAAUUUACGAAAAUAUUAACCACUUUAAUCAAGUUCUUUUCAUGGAAUUUGCAGUUUGUUUAUGGUUGGUGUUAUUUCUAGGCUUAAACGUAAUUUGAAAAAGAAAACUCCUUAUCGUAUGUCGGAUAAACAGGACAUUUUGUUACCUACGUAAGUUAAAAAUCAAAACCAUCCUUAAAAAUAAAUGAAAAUGACUUUAGUAAUUAAGUAGGUAUGUACAGACCAAAUGAAUUAUUGUAUAAGUCGUACCAUAGACAACUAGAAUAAAUAAAUGUGUAAAGUCGAACAGUAGGGCUAAGAUGCUUGGCUCUUUAUAACUUAUCACCAUGCCUGUCACGUUCUGACAAGUAUGUAAACGCGAAAGUGACGGGCAUAAUGACAAGUGAUAAAAAUGGAACCAUGCUGCUACCGCUGGUAAUUGUGGUCGUGACGGUACAUCUGUCGGUAUAUCACUCAAUUGUUCGGGCCAAUUCGGCUAUAGCUUGCUCCGAGCGGUCAUUUUAAGACAUUGUAAAUUUUUGCGUCAGGUAUCUUGAUUUAUCUCGCAAUAGGGUUGUUUCAAAUUUUUUGAAACGCUUGUAUUACGUUCUAUAUUAACUAAAAGUUGCCCUAAAAUUCAACUUUUAUACUAAAAACGGCUUUAAAUAUGUUAAAUUAACAAAAUAUAUUUUGACAGAUGCUUUCGCGCCCAAAACGCUCUUUGAAAAUUGUGUGACGUCACAGUUUACGGUUUGACACAUAACUACAUACACACGUGGAAGUUACGAACUGUCAACUGACAUUUGACAUUUGUUGUUUAUGGCCUAACUGUCAACAGUGUCAAUCCGAGAGUUGUGACGUCAUCAGAAUCUUCAAUGACGUUUCGAGUUCGGUCACGUGACGUGUGCCAAAAGAUAUUUUAAAUUCAAUAUUUACAUAAAUAUGGUCAUUACAGGUCCCCUAAAAGUAGUUUAACAUGUUCUUAUAAUCCAAAAAAAAUUAUUGGGAUACAAUUCUGCCCUAAGAUUUGUAGAUGGAAACAACCCUAUUACAAAAGUCAUGGAAGUAUUGUUUGGUGAGCUGGUUAUUCAUACUUCCCGUUACACGAUUGGUUAACUUAUAUAGCAGAGAAAGUCGUAUCAAAGAUGCCUUUUUUUAACCAAAUAUUUUCAUUGUACAGGCAAAUGGGACCGUUUCAAGCCUCAAAAUUUUUCAUGUAGAUUAGUCUAAACACACACUUCAAUUCUGUAGUUGUGAUUUUUCAAUUAAUUCUUGUUUUCUUUAAUUUAAACGGUAAAGCCCGUUUUGCCGCAUACGACCUUACAGAAUAAGCUAGCGCAAAAGAAAUUUCACUACGCGCGGAUUCAUAUUCAUAUAUUUUAUUGCAUCCAUGUUAACAUUACAUAGUCAGUACAUGACAGCCUGUUAGGGCAUGGCAAUAAUCUUAAUACUAGUGGUGACUAUUUACAAAUAAUAAACUAAACUAAACUUGUCAUUACAUCAUUUUAGAAUAUAUUGUAAAUUCAUUAUAAUAAUAGAAAUCUUAAUUAAAUUGGAUUUUGGGGAGCAAGCAAGCAAGCGCUGCACUUUUUUAUUUUACUGUUUAACGAUGCGUCGCCUUAAGACACAGUCUAGCAAGCGAGAAAGAGAACGCGUCAUACGUUAGAGACAACAUAAUUCAUGACCUUCCACUGUCAAAUAUAGAUUCUUUAACAGUGACAAUUCUGUUCGUAGUACUAUCAAAGACAAUUGUUUAUAAUAGAGAGGUAAAGUCUCAGAAAAAAAAACGUGCGCCUUAUUUUGACCUCCAACAGAUGGCGCUGUACUGCGCCAUGUUUUUCGGUCACUGAAUUAUCAAACGUCAAAUCAAACUUUGAUAGUCAGAAUUACCGCAAAAUGUAUGGAGCUGUACAGUGCCAUCUCGUUAACCUGUCAAGUUCGAAGCACGAAACUGUCUUAGAUAUGUAUCUUUGGUCUAUAUCUAUAGCGAUCUUCUCACUUAAAAUCAAUCAAAUCAAUUUGACAACUAAUCUUAGCGCCUUCUAGCCACGAAUAUCUGUUUGACAUAACAUAUUUGUCUGUUUAGUUGUCUGUGGUCACUAGAUAGUUAAGUGUAAAAUACCAUUAUAUAUAUUGCAAAAGUUACCUAUUUUAUUUUGCAAUUAUAUUAUUUAUAUCAAUUACUUUUAUGUUUAUGUCACUUUCGCUCAUUCCUAAAUGAUGAAGUGGAAAUAAAAAGUCUAUUUAAUUAUAGAUUACGAGUUAUUCAUUGUAAAAGAGGUGUAAAGUCAAAAAAUUAAUCGACCCUCGUUUCAACAGAUAUGCCACACGUAUGGUAGAUGAUGCGCUUGCCAAAAGUUGAAAUUUAGCAAUUCACACAAAACAUGAGGCACCGUUUAGGGCUUGUGCGCAAAUCGCGCGAGGUUCGAUAGGGGGGGA